AUGAUCCAUGAUCGAGACCGUCAAACAAUGCUUGAUCGUAUCAUCCGGAGGUAUACCGCGCCCACAACAUACCACAACCCCCCCAAACAUCCAUCGAACGCGUCUAGACUCGGUAUAUGUGAGACCACCAUAGCCUCCGCCAGAAGCAAUCACUCCUCGGUCUCAUCCGCCUCGGAUAAUCACGCAUCCUGCACGGCCGGUGGUCGUCGCGCCAUGACAUGCAUCUGCUCCCGGUUCGUGGUCGAUGCGCGUACCAGGAGACCAGGACACCAGGACACCAGGACACCAGACCCCGGCCGACACAAAUCAAGCGUCGCAAGUGACAUUGCCCUUUUCUCCCGCGCUGCAUGGCUCAGGCCCCUUCCUCCAUUGCUGAGUUCGUCCACCAGCAGCAUGCGGUUUGAGUUAGCCCCGUCCACUCGCCCGGGUUCCUGGCUGCAGGUGAACCAGAUGCAGAAAAAGCAAAACGGAGAACUAGAACGAGAACGCGGAAUGCAGAACGCAGAUAAGAUGACACUCAAUGAGAAGAGACCCUCCAUCGUGACAUCCCUCGUCCAAGUCCAGUAA